GUGAUACAUUACACAUUCAGAAAGCAGAAAAAUUACGCCCACUUGCCAGACGAUAUUAAAGCAGAAACCGCUGUCGACAACGGCCAGAUCUACUUUCAUCAAAUUGACGUUGGAUUCAUCACUUCCCGGUGGAGUCUCAGGUUUUUUGCAAAACUACGUCCUAGUUAUUGGCGUUACUGGCUAUAUUGGAUCCCACACCCCGAUACAUGUCUUGUCAUAGAGUUCAGUGUCAACAUCGACUCUCACUUCAACGAAUCACAUGAUGUGCUCGUUACACAGCAUACGGAGUCUAACUUGAAGCUGACGAUUUCGACAAUCGAACGGACCUUCAAGUUUAUGACAACUGCUCGAGCGCGUAAAGGCAUUGCAGGGAAAGAUACACGUUUUUUUUGCGAGCUUGGAAGGUACAUCAAUGCUCUAAAUGUACAUUCGCUGGCAUGGGCCACAGUGCGUUUGAACAAGAGCGAGCCACAUGAACCAUAUCCAACCUGCAGAUUUGAGACCGUUCUCUAG